GCAACGGGAUACUCUGAGAGCUUUACUUGUUCAUCACACAAGCCAGCAGCACCAGACCUUACAAUCAGUCCACCAAAUCCGGGAAUAUCACAUCGGGAAUCAUGAAAUCAGACGCAAUGUGGAUUUAUCAAGCUCUUCUGUGCGUUUUACUGUCCGUGGAUAUGGAGUGCAAGAAACAGACAUUGCAGAGGUACCAGAAAACUGAAAACACCAGGCUGUUGUGUACAGACUGCUCAGAGUCUCCACGAGUCAAGGGCCUAUCGCUGGACGACUGUGCACGCAAAUGCAUUAAGAGCAAGAAGUCCUGCAGGGCGUUCUACUUUGACCAAUUAAACAGGAAAUGCCACUUGCUCCCCUUCGACCGUUUCUCCGAAGGUGCACAGAAGGAACGAAAACCCAACUACGACCUUUACGAGAAGAAAGACUAUGUGAAGGAGUGUAUCAUCGGCUCUGGUGUCAACUACAAGGGGAGAAGAUCCUUCACGAAGACCGGAAUUACAUGUCAAGCCUGGAAUAUGUCCGUUCCACAUGAGCACAAUUUCAAGCCUGCCAGACACAAAAGAUUUGACCUGCGUCAGAACUUCUGCCGAAACCCAGACAAAGAUCCAAGCGGACCCUGGUGCUUCACAGAGCUCACCGAGACUCGACAUCAGGAAUGCGGUCUACCCCAGUGUUCGGACGUGGAGUGUAUGAGGUGUAACGGGGAGACCUACAGAGGACCCAUGGAUCACACCGAAAGCGGAAAAGCGUGUCAGAGGUGGGACUCGCAGAAACCUCAUAAACACACUUACCAGCCUCACAGGCAUGUGGAUAAAGGCCUGGAUGACAACUACUGCCGUAAUCCCAAUAAUGAUGUGCGGCCGUGGUGUUACACGAUGGAGAGAAAUACACCAUGGGAGUACUGCAACAUCAGCGUGUGUGACUCGGAUGAGGAUGUUGAAGUAGAUGCGACCACCUCUUGCUUCCGGGGUCAUGGGGAGGGGUACAGGGGUACUGUCAAUGUUACAUCUGCAGGUGUGACCUGUCAGCGCUGGGACUCUCUCUUUCCUCAUAACCAUUCUUACACGCCGCGUAACUACAAAUGCAAGGAUCUCAGGGAGAACUUUUGCAGAAAUCCAGAUGGCUCCGAAAUCCCCUGGUGUUUUACCACAGACCCAAAAAUCCGCAAAGCUUUCUGUACCAACAUCCCCAGAUGUGAAUCUGAGAACUCUGACAGCCCAGAUUGUUAUGAAGACAACGGAGAGAGUUACCGCGGUAAUUUGUCAAAAACAAGAUCUGGAUUUCCUUGUGGACUGUGGUCUGACCACACAUUCAGGAGAGACAUACGGUCAGCAGCGGCCAGCACGAGCUUGGAGUUGAACUUGUGCAGGAAUCCUGACCGUGAUAAGCAUGGGCCAUGGUGCUUCACGUCUAACUCCUCCAUUCCUUGGGAUUACUGCAGACUGGAACGCUGUAAAUCGAUGUUCUUCGAUGACAAUCAGAUGAGUGGGAGACCAAAACCAUCUUGUUUUAUACACAAAGCCACACGGAUUGUUGGAGGGAUGCAGGUGCAGCGGGCAGAGGAUGGAAGCUGGGUGGUCAGCAUUCAGAAAAGGAACAAACACUGGUGUGGUGGCUCUCUGAUCAGAGAGAAAUGGGUUCUUACCGAUCAACAAUGCUUCUCCACCUGUGUUCCUGAUCUCUCGGAGUACACAGUCCAGGUGGGACUUCUUCAUCUCAAUGCCUCCGCCAGUGCACAGGGGCUCCGGAUAGCACACGUGGUUUGCGGGCCAGAGGGAUCUAACCUGGCCCUGCUCAAACUCACAACGCCUGCCCCUCUCUCUGAGCAUGUGCGAACUAUACAGCUUCCUGUUGCGGGUUGUGCUAUUGCAGAUGGCACGUUUUGCCUGAUGUAUGGCUGGGGAGACACAAAAGGCACAGGUCACGAAGGCAGUCUGAAGAUGGUGGGACUUCCCAUUGUGAGCAACAAGAAGUGUUCUCAAAGCCACAAGGGCAUUCUGCCCAUGGCCGAGAACAAAAUCUGUGCUGGAGGCAAGAGAGACCAGGGCGUUUGCGAGAGAGACUACGGCGGCCCAUUGGUGUGCCAGGAGCGAGAGGGCAAGGUCAUUGUGGGCGUGAGCAUCAACGGUCGAGGGUGUGCGGUCGCCCGGCGUCCUGCCGUGUUCGUCAACGUUGCCUUAUACUCUGAAUGGAUCCGUAAAGUUUUCAAAUACUAUUCAGACAUGGAGACAAGUUUCUAGACUAUUAUAUUUCCCACCAGUGUGGUAAAUGGAACUCGUGGCACAUGUUGUGGCUCUGCUAUGUCAACACAAAGAACAUGAUGGUUGCUAAAACGUGCAUAUAUAAGUGACACAAAUGACUUGUAGGAUGGAAUUAAACCACUGCGAAAAAGGUGAAGAACUGGCAGACUGUGAAUGGUUCAGAUUUCAGGCGAUCUGACAUUGGUAACAUCUUGGUAAACCAACGAACUGAGUGAAGACUUCUGAAUGCUUUAUGCGGAGUUUGUGGUUGAUGAGUGAGCACUUAAAAAUCCAGAACAGAUGGAUAAAUGAACUGUCCUCGAUCGUUUGAACAUAUUUGCCUCAGACCAUAGCAGAUAUAUUCUAAGUGUCAUUCCCUGGAGAUACUUGAAUAUGGAAAUAACUCAACAAGUUGUGGAGCUUUGGUUUGUGACUCUGAGGGCUUUCUUUGGAUUCAAACUGAUUAUUGAGGUGCAGACGGAGAUACAAUCUCAUUUAUCAGGCUCUGGCAGGGACGUCACUGGUAUGUUUCCGGCCGGCUCUUCUUUCAUUGGGCCUAAAGACUGAACUUGACCAAUGAUGGUCAGGACCAUGUUCAUGUCCCCCUUAACCACCGACGACGGCCUGUUUCAUUUCUAAAAGCGACAUUUGGAAUAAUUGUUUGUGAAACACCAUCGUUCAAAUACAUCUUUAUGAAUAACGUAAAAUGCACAGUGGUCACCUCGCAUGCCCAAGUGGGUUUAUCUCAGCGACUUAAAUGUAUUUCCAAACUCCUAGAAGGUUCAAAGACAUUUUAAUGUUUGGCACCUUGCCUUACUCCAGUUUGGAGCGUACUCUGGCUCCUUUGGGGCUGUGUUUGUGUGUUGAGGAUUAUCUUUACUGCACUCCAGAGAGUGUGCUGAUGUCACUCUGUAUGUCAGUGGGUCUUAUAGAUCUCAUAAUACAAGUAUCUGAAGUCUUUUCUUACUCGUGGUGUAAUAUAUCUGUCGAUUUUUUAUAAGCAGUUUGCAAAAUAUUUAUUUAUAGCGUUUGUAAAUCUACGAAAGUCGUGGCAUUUUAUCUUCCAAAAGUGUUUAUUGUGUUUUAUCUGGCCUGUAGAUUUGAAACAUAACAUUUGUAAACAAAACAAGUGAGCAAGAUGUCCAAUUACAGGAAAAUAUUGUGUGCCGUAAAAGAGUGUCCAGACGAAAAGACGGCUCCCUAAAGGUCUAUUAGCUGCACAUGUGUGUAGUUCAAAGUGGAGGGUCUUUUAAGUAGUUUAAACAAAGGGUGCAAAGAGACUGCGAUGCUAAGUAGGGUAAAGCAGUUACGUACAGCUCUUAACAGGCAGGGUAUAUUUUUCUAAUGUUUGUGAACAUUUCAAAUUCAAAUAUGUUUGCUGUGUAUAUAAGGUGCCUGUGUAUUGUUUAUCAAUGACAUUUUAUCCAUUUUUAUACCUGGUUUGUUUUAACUGAGUGUUGCGGUUUCACUUAACGCUGCCGUCAAUGGUUUUUAAGGGACAGUUGUCCCAAAAAUUAAAAUUCUGUCAUCAUUUACUCCUCGAGUUGUUCCCAAUAUGCAAACAUUUCUUUGUUUUGAUGAACACAGAGAAAGAUAUUCUGAAGAAUGCUUGUAACCAAACAGUUCUUGGCCACCAUUGACUACCAUAAUAGGAACAAUUACAAUGGUAGUCAAUGGUGCCCCAGAACUGUUUGCUUUCCUACAUUCUGCGAAAUAUUUUCUUUUGUAUUGUUUAAAACAAAUAAAUGUAUACAGAUUUGAAACAACUCGAAUGUGAGAAAAUGUAGACAGAAUUUAAAUUUUUUGUUGAACUGUCCCUUUAAUUUUAAACAUCUUGCCUGCUGUCAUUUUAAACACUAUUUUGUAUUUGUAUUUAAACCUUCCAUACCUAUAGGCUACCUGCCGCCGUUUUCUGUUAUA